CACUAAAUUUGAUUAUCUAUAUAAUUAUUCUAAAAUAUAUUAUUGUUAUGUCUAAUAAUGAGUGGUAAAAUGUUUGCAUUUGUGUGUUCCGUGCUUCUCCUCGUCAUUUCGUUAUCGAAAUCGCAGGAAAAUUGCACCAACAGAGAUGAUAAUUUGACGAUACGAUACGAGAAAAAAACGGAUUCUACAACAAAUUAUAACGACGAAAGAAUAACACUGCGACAUGAUUUGUAUAAAAAUUUGAUGAACAAUACAGAAAAUGACAAAGAAUUUUAUACGAAUGGCAAUCGCGAAGAUAAUGAUUUGAUUCAAUAUAAACGUUACGAGCAUUCAAUGCAGAAUAAAGAUGAUGAGCAAAAAUCGAUGAAAUCUAACACGAAUUCAACAAAUGUCAAUCAUAAAAAAAGUUUCUUGCUGCAGGAAGUUUAUGAAAAUGUAGUUGGAAAAAAUAAUUCCAUGUCACUUGAAGUCUUCAACAAUUCCAACAAGGAUACUAAUGAAAAUAUCAUCGUCCCAAACGAAAUGUGUCAUAAUGAUACUUGCAUUCGCCUCUGCUGUUCUCUUGGCGAUCGUCUGGUUGAUGGCAACUGCAUUCCUGAAGAAAUUGAAUACAUUUUUCCAAACGUAUACACGAACGAUUCGACGCAGAGCGAAAAAAGAGUAAACGAAUUGUUUGAGCUGUCCAUUUAUGAUUCGUGCCAGGAAUAUCUGUUUCCAAAAAUUUUCAGUCCAAGAGUUUUAAGAUUUUUACCAACGGUUCUAUAUAUUUAACUUAUUAUGUAAUAAUGAGUCUGAAUGACGGUUCUUUAUAUUUAACUGAUUCUGAAAUGCUUGUUGAACCGACAUCAUAUUGUCUCGCUGUCGUCGACGGAAGUGAAUUCGAAGUGAUGAUCUGUUCCGAAACUAAUAGCGAAACUAAUGACGAAACUAAUGAGAGCAUGGAUACUGAUAAAAACAAAAAUAUUAUAGAAAUGAGUCUCGAUAUAAUAUCUACAUUACUUUUGGGGUCAGUAUUUGUGGUGUAUUCUAUAUUACCAGACCUCCGAAAUAGACACGGCUUCAUGUUGCGCAAUUACAACGGUGCACUGUUUGUUGUAUACGGAAUUCGCUUUGUGCAUUUUUUGAUCAAAUCGGAUGAUAUACAGUAUGCCGUCUGUGUUACAAUAGCUUUUUUAAAAUACUUUUGUUAUAUGGCGAGUUCCUCUUGGCUAAUUAUAAUGAGCUUUGAUAUGUGGUGCACAUUCAGAGGAUUCAGUUCGUUACGAAGAAACGUCACUCGAGAAAAAAGAAAGUUGAUAUAUUAUACGAUCUUUGCGUGGGGAUGUCCUUUUAUGCUUGCUAUUUUAUGUGUCAGCAUGGAUAUUCUUUCCGCGUAUGUAAUUGUACCAUCGAUUUUGCGACCGGAAUUGCAUUUUGGAGGUCAUUGCUGGUUCAAGGGAACUGGUCCGUAUUUCUUGUAUUAUUAUGGGCUCAGUAGUAUGUGCAUCAUCAGUAGCAUUUGUUUAUCUAUUUAUACGGCAAUAAAAAUUGAGCGUUUAAAAAAGGAAACGGGUCCUUGUCUGAAAGAUUCGGAGAAUAAAUGCUUUAACGAUAAUAAAAAAUGGUUUAAUCUAUAUCUGCAACUAUUUAUCGUGCUGUUUAUCGCAAUGGGCAUAGAAUGGCUAAUGAUAACAGUGUCAUUAUUAUAUGAAAAUUUAACAAUUUACAACAUUAUAUGGUAUGUUGUUAAUUUGCUGGACAUUAUGCAGAGUCUGUGCGUCUUUGUCAUAUUUGUGUGUAAAAAAAGGAUUAUGCGCAUGUUAUUCAAGCGAUUCGGCUUCGGUUUGUCGUCAAAUGCUUGACACGGAUCGAAUGCAACAUUGUCGAGCAUUAUUACCACGUCAAAAUAGUCAUACAGGAGAAGAUGAGUUCUUCCGGACGAGCAAGUCACACUGAUUUAACCGAUCUUUAAUUUUUAUUUGAAAAUAGAAAUCAUGUUUAUUUAUGCUGAUCUUUAUGUUUAAGAUUAAUAAUUAUAAUUCAUACAUAUUUUCGGAUUUCGUAGCAAAAUCAUAUUAUUUUGUCUCGUUUCUUUUUAAAAUUCAAAUAAGAUUAUAUGCUACAUUCUUUGACAUAUAUUUAAAUAUUUGUAAUAUUGUUAAUUGUAGCGGCUGAUAUUAUUUUCAAAUUUCAAUAUUUGUAGAACUUUAGAAAACUGUUACAAAAUUUACAUGAAAUUACUAUAAGUUGUAAUUAUAUAUAUAAUAUCGGACGUUUCGGAUCAAAAGACACAAUGGGCUGCCCAUUUUUCACUUAAGAGUAGAGAGUCGUAUUAGGGCUUAAAUUUUAGCUUUUUUCACGUAGAAACGAAUGCCGUCUGGUGAAUUUUGAUAAAUUUAAAAUAAAAUUUUUUUGAAAGAUUUUUUCCUCGGCAAAAGUUGGGUGUAAAAAAUUAACUACAGCAUCAGCGCUAUCGGAUUUACCGCAAUUUUUAAUUCCUUAUCAAAUAAAUACUCAUAACAUAACUCUCAAAGUUAUGCACAUCGAAUAUAAACUGGUUUUGGAAUAAGUUUUGUUUUUACUUUAUAUGUGCAGGCACUAUACCUAAUAUAAGGAUGUAUAAGAGUUAGCGC